AUGCCACCAAAGCCAUCAGCCAAGGGAGCCAAGAAGGCCGCGAAGACGCAGAAGGCGAGCCGCAGCGGAGAUAAGAAGAAGAGGAGCCGACGCAAGGAGAGCUACUCGGUCUACAUCUACCGCGUGCUCAAGCAGGUGCACCCGGACACCGGCGUGUCGUCGAAGGCGAUGUCGAUCAUGAACUCGUUCGUCAACGACGUCUUCGAACGCAUCGCUGUCGAAGCGUCGAAGCUCGCCCACUACAACAAGCGCUCGACGAUCUCGUCCCGCGAAAUCCAGACCGCCGUCCGCCUGAUCCUCCCCGGCGAGCUCGCCAAGCACGCCGUCUCCGAGGGCACCAAGGCCGUCACCAAGUACACCUCAAGCAAGUAA